AUGCGGCGGCGGCGGCGGCGGCGGCGGGCAGCCGGCGGCGGUGGGGCGCGGGCGGGGGCGCCGCUGGGGGGCGCCCCGGACCCCAACCCCGCCGUGGGCCGGCCGGCCGGGCGGGGGGCGGGCUCGGCGGGCCCGGGGCCCCUCCCCGCGCCGUCCCCGGCCCUCGGGAGCCCCGCGCUGGCACUCGACCAGGCCCCGGACGUCUUCAUCCUGCGGGUGCUGCUGGAGGAGACCGGGGAGAUGUUCCAGGUGGCGCACUGCCACAGCGACAUGACCGUGCGCGAGCUCAAGGAGGAGCUGGAACUCGUCGUCGGCGUCCCCCUCGACCUGCAGCGGCUCCAGUACCUGGACCAAGGAGUUUUGAUGGAUGAUACCACACUGAAGUUCCAUGAUGUUGUUCCUGGUGGAAUUAUUUCAUUAUGUAUCUGGCAUUAUGAUGGAUGGACAGAACUGAUUUUGGCGGCUGUGGAAGGGGAUCCUAGUAAGCUGUCUUGUCUUGCUGUUGAUGAGGACUCUGUCUACCAAACUGCAAAUUCAAAGCAUCUUGGAGGCGAGCGGAGGAAGGAAUGGAUAUGUCAGAGGGCGUUCGUGGCCUUGUACAUUACCUCCCACAGAGGUCACCCAGAUGCUGUGCAGUACCUUCUAGAGCACGGAGCCGACUGUCUCCAAAGAACCCCCAUGGGCAGGACCGCCCUGCACGCGGCCGGGGCCAUGGGCCGUUUGGACUGUAUAAACCUGCUGCUCAACUACGGGGCCUCGGUCACCGACAAGGAUGCCAGGGGGGAGACCCCCAUGUCCAUCGCCCGGCGCAUGAACCGCAGACACAGCGAGAGGCGCAUGUUCCUUUUCUACUGGAUGACAAAGUCAGGGACGACGGACCCGAAGAAACUGCUCACGCACCAGGUUUCUCACAAGGUGAAGGGUGGCUUUGGCUCCAAGAAGGGCCCAAUUUAGCUCCCACGGGCCACGUGUGCGCGUCGAAGCUGACUUGGGUCACUGUUCGGAGUUCAAGUCCACUGUGGCCCUCGAUGAGCAGGAAGCCAAGAAAACAUGGCAGUUCCUCUGAA